AUGGACCCCGAGCCAGAUUUGCCGGGAGCAUGUUCGGCACAGUCUCUCACCCAGAGUCCGACGUCGCGGGGCCACCGCCGCCGUGGCAAGGGAGUGCACGUGAGGAUCUGGGAGUACGGCGGCACGAGCUGGAAAGAGUCGCGCAUCUACAGCCACUGGCUCGAGGCCGAGUUCGCGGAAGGCGGCGACCGCACGGACGUGCACUUGCCGUCGGUCUCGGUGCAGGGCAUCAUGCAGCUCCAGGGCUGCCUGGACCGCCCGGGCGCCCUGCUUCUCGACCCGCCUCCAGACGGCAGGACCGAGAACGAGUUCCUUUGGAGCAGCCUGUGCUCCCCGCUAGACGGGGGCGCCGCCGUGGAGGCCCGGCGCGUGCUGGGCAAGCGCCGCAGCCCCUCCAGAGCCGAGCCGGUCGACGACCUGCGGCCGAGGUCACCGGCACUGGACAUGAUGCAGCCCGAGGCGGGCGCCGAGUGCAUGGACAUCUCGAUCUGUGCCCUCGAGGGUCUCCAGGAGGCAGAUGGUCCGAUUCUGCUGCUGCUGCGGUGCGAGAGGCCGCUGAACUCGCUGCGGUACGCCGCCCUGGUCGCUUGCUCCAGUUUGGGAGCAGCCCGGGCGCUCCAUGCAGCGCGUGAGGUCGCCAAGGCGCUUGCCACGGCGUUCGUGGACGAGCGCUUCGUGCAUGAGGUGUCUAGAGCGCCUCCAGAUCAGCCUUCGCAGGUGGUGGAGGCGUUUGCCCAGUUCUUCUCCACGCUGACCAUCGUGCCGACGGUCCACAUCGGGGGGGUCAAGCAAGGGUCGUUUCAGCCGGACUCCAGCCAGCAGUCGGCGUCCUGCAGCGACGUCCUGCUCUCCGACAGCCUGCAGUACCAGAUGGAAAGCCGCCUCUGCAAGUCGCUCGGCGUGCCGCAUCAUCCUCGGGCGCGAUCUGAAAAGGUCAGGACCGAGGAGUCUUCCACUGGGCCCUACUGGAAGCGCUGUUUUGUGGAGGUGGACUGCCUGGACUCUGCGACCCAAGAGUGGAAGAUGACCCACCAGCUUCGCCAAGGGAUGGAGAUCGAUGCUGGCUCGGGCAAGAAGGCCCACUUGCCACACGUGUCGGCCUCGGGGCUGGUAAAGAUCCGAGGGUUCAGCGCCCCGUGCAACGUGGCGCUCGACGUCAUGGCCAGCAGUGGCAUCGCCGCGGUGGACGCAGUCGUUCAGCAGCUCGGUCGGACGGGGCUCCCCUCUUGCGCGGUGGAGGAGGUGACGUCCGCCCUGAGGGGCCGUGCCUCGCAGGGGACGUCCCUGGAGACCACGGAGAUAGAGCCGAUGUCUCCGACCAGCCCCCACCCGCAUUUCUUCAUGGAUCCUGCCAGCGCCAACCAACAGUCGGAGUUGGUGGCACCUUGCGAGGAGGACGAAGCGUUUCUCAUCCUCCUCGUGCCCUGCGGGGAAGUCCCAGCCAGCAUCGGCAUCACGAGCGCGUUUGUGAGAUUCAACUUUCCCAUCGAGUUCACGCAGUGCGAGACUCCGGUCCGCUUCCUGAUUGUCCUUGUGGGACCCGUGGGCUCCGCCGAGGAGAUGUCGCAGGCCGGGAAUUCGCUGGCCGCCCUCGCGGUCGACGAGGACCUCGUGGGUAGCCUUGACAAGGCGACCGACGUGGAGUCGUUCGUGGUUGCCAUGCACCAGCGGUUGGACAACCUGCCCGUCAUGCCCAGGGCGCACCUCGAGGGGCGCCGUGACCAUCAUCACCACAGUGAGAGCGGCACCAAGCCACCAGGAUUAUCACAAUUGCACGGGAGCUCGAGUCCCAUCAAGGCUGGCGCGAGAGCAUCACCACCACCAACAGAGAGCCCAGUUCUCCUCGAGGGCGACAAGAGCAGUAUACUCGUCAGAGUGAGCAUUGGCCACGACUCGCAGGAUUCGGUAAUUCAAGAUCAUGUGGUCCGCGAGCACGAACUGGCAACAAUGAGCCCGUGCAGGCGGACGUGGGUCUACGCAGUCCAGAAGAUCCAGAAAUAUUCCAUGCCGCUUGUCUCUGGUGUCCUGCUGGCCUUGUUUUGGGCCAACGUGCACGAGCGCAGUUAUCAUGAUGUCAUUCAUGGGUAUUUGUAUGACGAUUUUUCUAUAUCAGGUCACAAGAUCAGUUUGCACUUCAUCGUGAACGACAUGUUCAUGUGUUUCUUUUUCGGUUUGGCAAUCAAGGAGGUAACCGAAGCUCUCUUGCCCGGCGGGUCGCUGUCGCCUCUGCGCAACGCGGCCAAUCCGCUUUGCGCUACCUGCGGAGGCAUCAUCGGGCCCAUCGUGUGCUAUCUGAUCUUGGCGCUUGUGAUGAAUGCUUUCGGUGCCUUCGACGACAUGAAGUGCCAGGUCGAAGUCAGUGGCCGACGCCUAGGGGGCGGGGGCGGUAGCGUUCAGUUCACUGGCGAGACUGCUCCGUGCGAGUUGUCGGCCAUCAUCAACGGCUGGGGCGUGCCGACUGCCACGGACAUUUCGCUCGCCUGGAUGUUCGCACUCUUGAUCUUCGGGCCGGGCCACCCCGCGAUCAAUUUUCUCUUGCUGUUGGCUAUCGUGGACGACGCGAUCGGCAUGGUGAUAAUCGCGGUGUUCUACGGAGACAAGGACAAGCCUGUGCUGGAGGGCAAGGAGUGGCUCGGACUGGUUGUCGCCGCGGCCCUCCUUGCCUACCUGUUGCGGAUACUUCGAAUCCGGCAGUGGCCAGUCUUCGUCCUCAUUUGUGGCCCAGUCUCUUGGCUCGGUCUGCUGAAGGCCCAUGUGCACCCAGCGCUCGCGCUCGUCGUGGUAGUGCCCUUCAUGCCAGCGACGCACGCAGUCGCGAGGAGCAGUGCCCACAGGGGAUUGGGUGCUGGAGUGAACUGGUCGUCCUCGCAUGUGAUGAACCAGGUUCUGAAGAAGGCUAGACCGCUGACCUCUUACCUGGACAGCACCUCGCGGGGGACGCAAAUGAUGAGCAACAUGAUGCGCUUCCUGCAGAAUCAGGACGAUGCUCCACUGCACCUGUUUGAGCACCACCUGAAGCUCCCAGUCGACUUCGGCAUGUUCUUCUUCGGCCUGGCCAACGCCGGGGUGAAGCUGGGCUCGGUGGGCAGCGUGACCACCUGCGUCCUGGUGUCUCUCAUCGUGGGCAAGACGCUCGGUGUCGCAGGCUUCGCAAUUCUCGCGCACUGCUGCGGGUUCGGGCUCCCAGCCGGCAUCACGAUGACUGACUUGUUUACGAUGGGGGCCCUGGCCGGCGUCGGGCUCACGGUGGCUCUGUUUGUGUCGAACGAGGCCUUCUCAGAUCCUGGGCUUCAGGGUCAGGCCAAGAUGGGAGCCUUACUCUCCAUCGGGUCUGCUGGAUUCUCUUGGCUCACCAGUGUCGUUCACAGGAAGUUCUGCACGGGUCGCGCUGGCAGCGGUGCCGGUAAAGACACGGAGGACAGUGACGACGAUGACCUCGAAGGUGAAGAUGAUGACGAUGGAUUCGAGGACUUGGUUACCCACGAGCUCAUUCAGAAGAUGUGGGAGUUUAGACGAUAUAAAGCGAGAGGGUACGAAAUGAGUAUUGACGACAUGACGGCUUCCGUCGCGAAGAAUCUGCGCAAGGUCCACAGGAGCAAGACAACCAACGAUAUGCUUCACCAUAUCUCCAACGAGUCAGGGGACAUUGUGCGCUUGGUCUCGGACUCGAGCCUUGCGCAGGAAUCUGCAGGCUCUCGUCCAGGGACUGCGCUAAAGUCGGGGACUCCCAGGCUCUCGUCCAAGAGGACUCUGGAGAAAUUGGGGCCAUCUAGGGACGAACAGAGGCGCAGCAGCAGAAAACGCGCCACCCUGGCCACCUCGUACCUCCGUGAGGCCGUUGACAGGCCGUAG